AUGCAUCCGCAACAACUCAAUAGUGAACAAACGACACAACUAAAUCAAGAAAUCAACCCUACGCUAGAUGUUCUACAAAGCAUAAAACAAUCUAGGCAAGUAUCAAAACCAAAUAGUUAUUUACAACAAAGAAACACAGCUACAGACAGAAUGGAAGUUAAUGGUCAUACAAGCGAGGAUGAUAAAAUACUGACAGAAAAUGAAUUCAAAAUUAAAAGUAAAAGGAAGAGAUACAGUCCGCAUAAAAGUACAAAUGUUACAAGACAAAAAAUAACAAAACCAUCUCCAACCACAAGCAACAAAUAUAGUGCACUAGAUAAAGUAGAUGAAGAGGAACACUUGCCGCAAGUACCUUUAAAUAAAACUAAUAAGAUCAGUGUAAAGAUUCCACCCUUUAUACUACACGGUGAAAUCCAAAAAGCCCUUGCAGACGAAGGACAUACAGUUACAAAAAUCAUGAAUGUUCAUAACAUGGAAAGCAAGCAACCCAAAAAUCUAUUAUUUAUCGAUCUGAAAAAUAAUGAAAACAACGAAGACAUCUUAUUUCUAACAGGAAUAACAAACUUACUACAUGCUGAACGCUUCGAAGUACCCCAUAAAUACCAUAUAAUACAGUGUAAACGUUGCCAAAACUCCGGUCAUUCAAUAAACCAAUGCACAUUACCGUAUAGAUGUGUUAAAUGUGCUGGAAAUUAUGAUUACCGAAAUUUCGAAAAACGUAAAAAUGAUGGGAAACCAGCAAAAUGUACAUUAUGUGGAGGUGACCAUCCAUCUAAUUAUAAAAAAUGCCAGGCUUAUCUAGAGAUACAAGCUAGAAGAUAUCCACAUAAAAAUGUGAGUGAAAUCAUUGCAAACAAACAACACAAUGAAAACACUCAUCCAAUAACUAAGCGCACAUAUACACCAGUAGUUCAAAAUCAGCAACCUAGCACUAUGCCACAACCAACAACAAACGGCAAUCAACAAGACAGUCAAUUUCACUUUAUCAGAAAAUUAACAGAAAACAAUAGAAAACCAACAACAUACAAUUAA